AUGUUCUUGUCUUUCUCCAACCUUGUCUAUAUUGAUCUUGGCGUGAAUAAUUUCUUUGGUACCAUUCCACCACAAAUCAGUUUCCUCUCCAAGCUCAAAUACCUCGAUCUGUCCAACAAUGAAUUUUCAGGUGAAAUCCCUCCAGAAAUCAGCAUGCUAACAAACCUUGAGGUCCUAAACCUGGGGGAAAAUAAAUUAAACGGCUUGAUUCCUCGAGAAAUAACUAGGCUAAAAUUUCUUAAUGGUCUCUAUUUGUACUCCAACAAUCUCAGGGUUUCCAUUCCUGCACCUAUGUUGAAUGGUUUAAGAAACUUGGCUCAUUUAUAUCUAUAUAACAACCAACUCUUGGGUUCCAUUCCUCCAGAAAUAGGCAAUCUUUCCAAUCUUGUUGAGCUAUAUCUAGAUAACAACUAUCUCACAGGUCACAUCCCUUCAACACUGGGAAAAAUGAAAAAGCUGACCGUGUUAUACUUGUCAAACAAUAAACUAAAUGGUUCCAUACCACCUGAAAUAGGAAACUUACAUUUUCUUAUCCAACUAAUCUUGGAUACAAACAAUCUUUCGGGUCCCAUACCUGCAUCAAUAGGUGAUCUGAGAUCCUUGACCCAUCUAAGUCUCCACUCUAAUACACUUUCUGGUUCCGUUCCUAAAGAAAUGGGUAAUUUGAAGUCUCUUGUCGAUCUGGGGUUGGGCAACAAUGAGCUCAAUGGUUCUAUACCCACUUCAUUCAGUAAUUUGAGCAACUUGAUAUAUCUACACCUCCGGGAAAACCAACUUUCCGGUUCCAUUCCUCAAGAAAUUGGGAAUUUCACAAAGUUGGCUCUACUGCAACUGGAUACAAACCACCUCACUGGCUAUUUGCCCCAACAUAUUUGCCAAGGUGGGUCGCUUCAGAACUUUACAGUGUUUAACAACCACCUCAAAGGUCCUAUUCCCAAAAGCUUCAGAAACUGUACAAGCCUAUACAGAACUUGGUUUAACGGGAACCAACUAACUGGAAAUAUAUCUGAAAUUUUUGGUGUGUAUCCUGACUUGAACUAUGUGGAUCUAAGCAACAAUAAAUUAUAUGGAGAAAUGACAAAUGACUGGGUAAGAUGCCAACAUUUGCAAGGGCUCCGCAUGGCAGGAAAUAAUAUUACUGGCAGAAUACCAUCGGACUGGGGAAAAUCAUCACAACUACGUGUACUGGAUCUUUCUUCAAAUCAUUUAGCUGGGGAGAUUCCAAAAAGACUUGGGAAGUUGAGUUAUUUGUCAGAACUUUAUUUGAGCAAUAAUCAGCUUUCUGGAAUUAUACCUUCAGAACUAGGAUCACUUUCCAACCUCCAGAAACUUGACCUCUCGACAAACAAAUUGAGUGGUUCAAUACCAGCAAAUCUUGGGAAAUGCUUGGAGCUGAUUUCUUUGAAUUUGAGCAACAACAGAUUGAGCCAAAGAAUACCAUUACAGAUUGCUGAGCUAGCUCACCUGCAGAUCGUAUUGGAUUUGAGUCGCAACUCACUGACAGGGGAGAUUCCAUCAGAAAUAAAAAACCUGCAGACCUUAGUGAAGCUGAAUCUCUCCCACAAUAACCUCUCCGGUUUCAUUCCAGCGGCUUUUGAAGAAAUGCCUGGCCUGUUGUACAUUGACAUAUCAUACAAUGAGUUACGGGUCCAAUUCCCAAUAGCAAAGCCUUCAAAGAUGCACCCUUCAAUGCAGUACAAGGGAAUAGAGAUUUGUGCGGCAAUAUGAGAGGCCUGCAACCUUGCAAUUCUCAUGUCAAACAUCAAAAGGCCACCAAAAGAGUCCACAAAAUUAUGUUAUUGGUCAUACUUCCUUCUUUGGGAGCAAUUUUACUUCUAGUUGCAUUCAUUGCAAGCAAUUCCAUUUUUCAAAAAAGAGAAAGCAAUAUGGCUCAAUCAAAACAGGAACUGAAAUGCACAGUGAAGUUAUGGGAAUUGGACUAGCUUUUGAUGGAAAAGUGAUGUAUGAGGAAAUAAUUAAAGCAACCAAUAACUUUAAUGCUACACAUUGUAUUGGAGAAGGAAGGCAUGGAAAUGUGUAUAUAGCAAAGCUUCCUUCAAAUAAUAUAGUAGCUGUGAAGAAACUUCACACACCCAAUCCCAGUGAAAUAGAAGAUCAAAAAAGCUUUCAAAAUGAGAUACAAGCUUUAAUAGAAAUACGACACCGGAAUAUUGUGAAGCUUUAUAGUUUUUGUUCACAAGCACGGCAUAUGUUAUUGGUUUAUGAGUAUGUUGAGAGGGGAAGCCUAGCCAAAAUCCUGAGCAUGAAGGAAGAAGCAAAAGAAUUGGAUUGGACAAAGAGGGUGAAUAUCAUUAAAGGAGUGGCAUUUGCUCUGUCAUACAUGCACCAUGACUGCUCCUCGCCUAUUGUUCAUCGAGACAUAUCAAGCAAGAAUGUUUUGCUGGAUUCUGAAAAUGAGCCUCAUGUUUCUGACUUUGGCACUGCUAAAUUUCUAAAGCCAGACUCAUCCAAUUGGACUGCAGUGGCAGGCACAUAUGGAUACAUGGCACCAGGUAAAAUCAUCAUAAAAGCACCAUACAUGAUUGAUAUCAAAAUAAAUAGAACAUGAAUAUAUGAUGCCUUCCUUUAUCUUUGCAGAGCUUGCAUACACAAUGAUGGUGACUGAAAAAUGUGAUGUUUAUAGCUUUGGAGUUUUAGUGCUGGAAGUGAUCAAAGGAGAGCACCCAGGCGACUUGGUUUCCUCAAUAUCAUUGUCUUCAUCACUUAGCGAGAACAUGCUAUUAAAGGAAGUGUUGGACCAACGCCUUUCAACCCCCCAUGCUUCAAGUUAAGGAGGAUUUAGUAUCAAUCAUAAAGUUAGCAAUUCAAUGCUUAAACAAAAAUCCACAAUUUAGGCCAACCAUGCACAAUGCUUCUCAAAUCUUAUCAACUCUAUUGUCAUCCUUUUAGGGUAAAUUUACACAAUCAUGGUUGGACAAUCUGUGAACUACAGCUUCCCAAAUGCUCACACACGUGCGCACGCAUUUAUGUGUUGGUAAAUGCACUUUCCAUAUGUAUCAUGUAUCUAUGUCUAUGCGGUUUUAAAAUUUCAAAGUUGUGAAGCCAAAAUCAAACUCUCUUCAAGAAUGCUACCCCUUCUUCACAUC